GAUUAGCUAAAAUUCUAAACUCCAGGAAAACCUCAGAGACUAAAAAAGAAAUUGCUUUACUGCUGCUUUGCUAGGGAUGAAAAUAUAGUCCAAUGGAGGAACUGCUUCGACUCGUCACUUUAAGAAAAUUGGCCAGGAAAAAUUCUCAUGGAAACGAAUUUAAUUGACACGAGCUUAUUCAAACAGGGAUUAAAAUCUUUUCUUGGUUAGCUACUGGUUUCAUUUUUCUGUUUACCAUUGUGAGUCUUUCGGGUAUAAGCUUAGCCAACGCAUCUCUUGAAAUAGCAAUGCAUGAUACUUAUGUAGUUGCCCAUUUCCACAAAAUAAUAGGUAAAUCUUACAACGAACUUUUAGGUAAAAUACAUUUCUGGACUUUCUUCAUAGGAGUUAAGUUAACUUUUAUGCCUAUGCACUCAUUGGUCUUAGCGAGAAUGCCUAGACGUAUUUCAGAUUAUCCAGAUGCCUUUGCAGGUUGGAAUAUGGUUGCUUCAUUUGGUUCUGUAAUUUCACUAGUUUCUAUUUUUCCUUUCAAUUCAAGAAGGUUUCAACCCACUCAGAUGACGCUCUCAAGUCUCAACAAUCGUGUAGAUUUCCUUGCCGAGACGCAUGGUGAAUCAUCUUCUCACCUGGACUUUGAGUUAUCUAAAUGUACUUCUCUCUCCACUUUGGCCUUUUAUGAUGAUCGCAUCAUUGAUGUGAAUCUCCGUCACUUCCUGAACGAUCAGUUUGAACAACUUUAUUUCUGUAACUUCUUCCUUUUGGAUAGAUUCCGGCGAUAUACAUCUCAAGCCCAUUUGUUUUCCGGCUUAUUGCUGGAAAUUUCACUCUUUACGAUCACCCGAGAGCUUCUUUCCGCAACGAUGUCAAUCGAUUUGGUUGGUAUGUUAAUUACUGAUUCUCUAAUACGAUAAUAAUAUUAAUGCAUUAAAAGAUAACAUU